AUGCCUACCGACUACAGUGGCACAUGGGACAUGACUAGUAAUGAAAACUUAGAAGGUUACAUGGUUGCGCUUGGUAAGUUCUCUUUUUACUUGGUUAUUGCAGCAAACAUUUUCUCAUGUUUUUAGGCAAGUGACUUUGAUUACAAUAAUAUUGCCUAUUUCUUGAUUAAUAAUUAGCUGUUGGUAAUUAUAUCAUGAAUUAACUGUUGGUAAUUCAUUCAUGCAUAAUGACAUUAGGCAGUGUGCAGUUUCAUUCAACUGAAAUGAAUUUUCUUUGAUUCAUUCACUUUGAUUCAUUUAUUAGAUCAAUUUUCAAACCCAUAACAUUUCAUAAUUCUAAUUUCACUUUUCUGUCAAUAAUUCAAAACACAUUUUUACUGUUGCAGAUAAGAAAACGUAUGUGAUUCAUAUUGUCUGGAACUCUAUGAUUGCUUUUUUAGGUUGAUAGAUUAUAAUUUUUUUAAGGAAGGGGGCACAUGGGGGAACCAAUGUCAGAGUUACUUCAGAUGUCAAUACCUUCUAUUUUCAUCAGUAGUUAUGAAUUAUUAGCCUGGCAGUCUUUUUAGCUAACAUUCCACUCUUUGCCACUCAUUUGACAAAUAACAGAAGUGGCAAAGAGUGGAAUGUAAUAGCUGAACAGAGAUGGCAACCAGGCUAAUGAAUGAUAACUCCAUACAGUAUGAAUGACACCUUCUUUUGAAAGACAUUCUGAAGAAUUCAAAUUUGUAAAAAGCCUUGUCUUUGGAGUUAGGAUUCUUACCAUCGCUCACCAGUAGCCUACUGAGAAUGGAUUGGAAUGUUCAGUCUCUUUGAAUGUAUUUGUAUCACAUGCAGAAUUUCUUAACCUACAGGCAUUGAUUUUGCAACGCGCAAGAUUGCAAACAUGUUGAAACCUCAGAAAGUGAUUGAACAAGACGGUGAUUCUUUCACCAUCAAGACACUCACUACCUUCAAAAACUACACGGUCUCAUUCAAGAUUGGGGAAGAGUUUGAGGAGGUGACCAAAGCCAUGGAUAACAGAAAAGUCCAGGUAAAAACGUGUAAUUUUAUCAUUUAUGUCAUGAUUAUCAUGAUGAAUAGAAAAACAUUUUAUGUUGCUCCUUGUUGCUUAUUGAACUGUGGGCUUUAUUAGGGCAAUAUGUAACAGAGCUGUCCAUGUGCUUAUUUCAAGCCAGCUGCAGCUACUUCCCAGAUGUUUGAAAGUUCUGGUCUACACUACACAUUAUGAUAAAUGCUCUGUUUUAUAACAGACGGUGGUCAACUGGGACCAUGAUAAACUAGUGUGUGUUCAGAAGGGAGAGAAGAAGAACAGAGGGUGGACGCACUGGAUAGAAGGAGAUGAACUCUAUCUGGUAUGUAGCAUGUACUCAUAUCUACCUUUUAACUACAUUGGUGACAUUGGCAAAGCAUUAUUAGGCAUAACUGUUAUGCAUUGUUUCUCUCUCUUAUAGGAAAUCACCUGUGAGGAUAAAGUCUGCAAGCAAAUUUAUAAAAAGAGUGCUUGA